GGGUAUCGAUUUGUUUUCACUGACAAUGAAUAAACAACAGAAUGACGGUGUCAAUGAAGUCUACGGAUACAUAUAGUGAGACUUAACAACUAUAGUACGGCAAUGACAGCUGGUUCUGAUGUUGGGGGCCUUCUGCAUGAUGACAGACCCAAUCUGCUUCAUGUCAGCCCGGGACAAAACCUUUCUUGGCCUAGUGAAGACAAGAAUCUAACUUAUAUACCCCCAGGCACUUGGUGGCCUUGGUGUGAUUACUGGGAGAACCCACAGCAUAUCCUAUAUCAAUUGGCCAAUAUUUGUUUUGUACUCGGAUACUCCUCCACUUGCUCAAAGAAGGGAGUUUUGUUUAUGCACUGCUGGCUAAUAUUAGGUCUUAUGUUAUUCUCCGCGUGGGCAUGGAACAUUAUAUGCGCCCCUGACGUUUUCACUUGGAAUUUUGCAUUUAUGCUCAUGAACGUAGCCCAAGUUUUUCACAUACUUUAUCAGAUAAGGCCGGUCAAAUUUGAUCCAGAGCUUGAAGAAGUUUACCAUGCCUUAUUCGAACCGUUCAAGUUGAAUAGGUUACAGUUCAAGAGGAUGGUUAGCAUAGAUUUUGCUCAGAUAAUGUCAUUACAUGCUGGAGAGGCUUACGCCGUUCAAAACCUCACAAGAACGGAUAGGUUAGGUCUACUUCUCUCCGGAAAGUGCAAUGUCCUUUCUGAUAAUCAGUUUCUACAUCCUAUUCUUCCAUGUGAAUUCUUAGAUUCACCUGAAUUCGAAUCGAGUAGGAAUACAGUUGAUGACAAAUUCAAGGUGUCCAUAGUAGCAGCCAGUACCUGCCGAUACCUAUAUUGGCAAAGGUCUGCAUUAGAAUAUCUUUUCGUAAAGGAUACCUACAUUGCAACAGUCCUCACCACCCUAAUUGCUAGGGAUAUUACGACCAAGCUGUAUGCCAUGAAUAAUAAAAUAGUAACAGCUAAAGGAUCUCAUCUUGAUAUCCGCCUCCCCAGCAUAACUUCCUCUUUAACCUCCAGUGGUGAAUAUAGAUCGCCUAUUAGAAUGAAAAACGCUAAUGGAGGCGUUUGUUCGAUGUCUCCUGGGCCCAUGUUCAACAAGAACAAGCCAAACGACAGAUACGGGGGUAGAAGAGAUAACAGCUGUUCGACACAAAACGACCAAGCAGAGAUGGAGCCCCUAACUGAACUGCCCUCCAACGAGGAGGAUCUAACAUCUAACGAUCUGGAGAGUUGGCUAGAAACAAGUUCCAAGUACCACAGUUGUGAAUUAGUUGAAGGAGAUCAUGGAAAGUUCCUGAAAGGAUUAACGAUGGAAAUAUCUGUGAUCCAAGCGAGACUCCACCACGAAGCUAGACCACCUCUUAUUCGUAGCAACGCCAGCGAUGUGCCGAAGAACCUGAACAUGUCGACUUCCACAGAAUUUAUGCGGACCUUUUCCAGGCUGGAAGGAUUCAGGAGGAACCUCACCUUCUCCACGGAUCCUACUACCGCCUGGAACAGCAGCGAAAUAUUUUAUAACCAGACGGGAAACAGUUCGGAUUACGAUUUCGAGAGUCAGUUUUUCAACGCGACCAGAGGGACUGAUCGACCUCCCUGGGCCUGUACGGAAUGGAAUCCCGCACAACACAGUCUCUUCCAAACUGCCAAUUUCUUUUUUGCAGCAGCAUUCCUAGUGCCUGGUAGUUUCAAACAGAGUGUUCUAUUAGUGAGGGCACUGUUAUCGAUUGGUCAUUGUUUCAUAACCAUAUGGGGUGGAGUGGAAAUUUGUGCUUUAGAUAUUUUACUAUGGAAUUGUCUGAUUGUGUUUUUGAAUGUUACUCAUACUGCGAUCUUAACGUGGAGGUUUCUGCCCCCUACAUUAUCUCUAGAAAUGACUGAUUUAUAUCUUAAGGUAUUCAAACCUCUUAGGGUAAGCAAAAAGCACUUCAAGGAACUUAUACGAGAGGGUAAAGUGAUGCAGCUCGAAAAAGGUGACAUAUACGCAGUGGAAGACGUUAGUUCGGCAGAUGAACGACUAUCCAUCUUGCUACAAGGAAAAUUACGCGUGACAUGCGAUGACACUCAUCUUCAUUAUAUCAACGUAUAUCAGUUUGUCGACUCUCCUGAGUGGGAAGCAAACCACGAUCAAUCUGAUGAUGUAUUCCAAGUGACAAUCACAGCUGAAGAGGACAGCGUUUACCUGUGCUGGCCACGCAUGAAGCUAGAGCGUGUACUCAGGCAUAGACCGAUGCUCAAAGUUGUUUUAGAUAGCGUAAUAGGUAAAGAUAUCACACAAAAACUGUACGCAAUAAACGAUCAUCUCACUGGACUGAAUGACGACAUCAACAGAGGGAAGAGGAAUGCCAUUUGGGCGAAAACGCAUAAUCGCAGCAUGUCAUUGGAUGCUGUCAACACAGGCACGACUGGUCUAGUGAGAUCGCAAGCGUAUAAGAAAACUCAGCUCCAACGCAUAAACGCUAAUGCUUCCAUAAUCAAUGAUGGCGGUUCGCUGACAAAGCUACAACCCUUCGCGCCAGUGGUCGCAACCCAAUUUCCAGCAACGUCACCAUUUCCAAUGGCCAGAAAUUCACCGAUGAGCCUUCGAAAACAGAACCUGAACGUACCCAGGAUUCCAGAAGUGCACGGAACGCCUCCAGUGAAAAACAAAUCAGUGAGAAAAAAUACCACUAGGGAAGUUAAGUUCGAGACGCACAAAUGAUUGGACAGAGUGUCACGUGAAUGGUUGAUAUGUUCGAUGUUUAUGAUGUGUGUUGUUAUCGAAAAGCACUGAACUCACGAGCGAGAUUUUCUUCAGAUUUGAGAUUGUCAAGAAAAGAGAUUAAGAGAUAAGGUUUUUGUUGAACUGAUGUGGCCGAUACCAACUUGAUGAAAAUUCAUAAUCCAUAAUUAAACUUUAGAAAGAGAAUCACACGAUUUUCACUAGGAUGAAACACUUCACAUGUUUCGCUAUCAUAAUAGCAUCUUCAGGUGCAGGUGGGUGAAGUUAAACUACGUGAACGUAUUUUUUUGAAAAGCUUAUUGAUCUCUAGUUCGUGUCAGUUGAGGAUGAUUCAAAAACUCCCCAUCUCAUAUAGGUACAAGGAGUUGAGGUACUAAAGAUGAGGCAAAAAUGCAUCAGGUGCUGAAUCUUUCUCCAAAACUAUUUUUUGAAGAAAGAUGCAUGCCAAACAUGCAUCCCAUCGAAGAUAUGAUGGGGUGUCAAAAAUUGAAUCUUACCUUUAUUGAUGAAGGGAUAUUUCCUUGAAUUUUCGAUAUACUUUGUUGAAAGUCUUUCAUCAUUUCAAACAAAAAAGGUAAGUCAUCUGCCUUACUACCAAAAUUAUGUUAUAUCAUAUAAGUAUGACGUAUACCUUUUUUUCCUGAAAACCCGUCAGUUUCAGCAAGAAAUUUCAAGAAACUCUAUUUUUUCAAAAUGAAACAAACUGUCAAAAAUUCAUUGUUCAAUGGUUUAAUAUGAAUAAUAAGAUUUUCUUGCCAGAAUAAGAUCUGAAAAAAUUCUAGUUCAUCUGUAUUAAGUGGUACAGAAAGGAUUGGAGAGAGUCUCAUUAUAUAAGGCAUGUUUUAUAUUGUGUAUUUAGCCUUGUAAACCUGUUGAAUUUGUGGAUAUAUUAUUAUUAUUAUCAUUAGGAGAAUAUAUCAGAGAUUCUAAUUGUGUUAAAAGAAAUAUUCGCUUACAACUGUGAUCAUUAAUCUAAAAGAUAAUAUUCAGGUAUGUCUAUGGAAAUAAUUCUAAAUUUCAUAACAUCAUCUAAAAAUUUUAAUUUUCUAAGGAAUUGUGUCAAAAACUCUGUAUAUGAAAACAUACAAUAAUUAUAUAUUAUAUUAAUGUGUCAUUCACUCCUUGAUUUGAUCGACUCAUCCUGUUUUAUAAUUAGUUGAGAACAAAUCGAUGUU